AGACGUCUCAUAUGUCGUUUCUGCCGAACAUAAUAACCAGACGGAGCGUAGCUCACGUUGAUGGUUGAGGGUCAAAUAUUGUGAGGAUGUGUUGGUAGUCCCGUCAAAAUGUCAAGUUUCUCCAGAUCUGCUCAGCAAUGGGCCACUUUUGCCCGUUCCUGGUUCCUAAUUGACGCCAGGAUGCAGCCGCCGGGAAAGAUUGCAGCAAUGUGUUCCGUUAGAUUACAGGGGAAACACAAACCUAUUUAUCACGCACUGAGUGACAUUGGUGACCACGUUGUGGUGAUUAACAGCAAGCACAUAGCUUUCUCUGGGAACAAAUGGGAGCAGAAAGUCUACUCUUCACACACGGGGUAUCCAGGUGGAUUUAAACAAGUCACAGCUGCCCAACUGCACCACAAGGAUCCAAAAGCUAUCGUGAAGCUGGCGGUUUACGGCAUGCUGCCUCGGAACCUGUCCCGGCGGACGAUGAUGCAGCGGUUACACAUCUUUCCUGAAGAUGAGCUGCCAGAAGACAUUAGAGCCAACCUGACAGAGGAGCUGCCCCAGCCCAGAGAAAUCCCCAGGAAGCUCAGCGAGUACACUCAGGCCGAGAUCGACGCCUUCCCCAAGCUUUGGACACCACCUGAAGACUACAAGAUGAAAUGAAAUCGAGGCUGCACGACGUGACCAAAGCAGGAUGUUUAUCACAUAGGUCAGACAAACUUUAGGGGACUUAAACACACACACAGACACACAAAAAAAUAAAUUAAACUCUGUGCUUUUGUGUAAAUCCAGUUUACUUUUCAGUGUGACAACGUCUGGACUUUACCUCAACAUCCAGUCAAAACCCAGAUGUCAACACCAGUGACACAAAACACAUCCUCUUUGUGUUUUCAGAGAUUUCACCGUGUGUCUCCGCUCUGAUCAGAGACGUCCUCUGAAUAUAGCUCCAUGAAACAAUCAGAUCUGACCAAUCAAAACGACAUCUGUUAGAUCUGACUCUGACCAAUUAAUGCGUUACUAUGACAACAUUCAUGUUAACUUAUGUUGGAUCUUUUCUUCUUGUCAAAAUAUAUCAACCCUGUUUAAUUGAAUUGUAAAAUAGGCUAAUAAACAAUUUAAUAAACCUGA